AACCUAGUGAAAUUUUGGAAACGUGUAAAGUUUGAAGUUUUUAUAUCAUCGUGUUAUUUUCCAAACUUAAUUUUGUAUUUAAUUAAUAGUAUUGCAACAGAUCAGCUGUAUAGAAGUAGAAAAAUGGAAGAAAGUCCAGGGCAUGAUGCUGAAUUAGAAAAGUUUCUUACAGUUGAAAAAGUGAAAACACAGUUUCACGAGCAAUAUUUACUUUCUAUCAUUGAUGGCCAUACAAACUUUGAACUGCCUACAAAAAAACUCAAAACCACCUUUGUGGAGCCCUCACCUGUGCAUCAAACCUUUGUCGAGCCUUCACCUUUGCAUCAAACCUUUGUGGAGCCUUCACCUGUGCCAGAAAUUGACUUUAGUUUAGAACGAGAGGAGAUAAACAAUUUCUUGGAGAUAUUUGGAAGGGACUUGUUCCACGACUCUCCAGCAGCAGUAUUGUCUCCUCAGGAUAAUUUUUGGAAUUUUAAUAUCAAUAAUCAAAGCAUAUUACCUUCUUCUACAAUAUUACUUCCUCCGGAUAAUGAGGAGGAAGGCCAACUUUUAAAUUUGACAAUUAAAAAGAAAGAUGUGUAUUGUGUGCCAAUAAGAACUUGUAUUUUUAAUGAAAACAAUUUUCCAUUAAAUUUAAAAAGACUUUGUCCCCUGUAAAAAAAACUUGUAUUUUCAUA